AUGGCGCGCUCCAUGAACAGUGUGAGGGAGGGGGUUGUCAUGCUGCCCCCCUCUCCAAAUUGGUUUUUCGGCGGCGUGGCGGAUGCCACCAAAGCUGGUGUGUUCGGUUUUUGCGCUAAGAAUGCCGUGUAUCUUCUAGAUGUGACGAGGACAGUCCCGUCGGUUACAGGCUGUCUACUCUGUGCCUGUGCGCGGGUGACAGGAUGUGUCUUCAGUCUGACUCCAGGCCAGGACAGACUGUGUGUGACCAGUGGGGACAACGGUGUGGUACAGGUGUGGGACACAGACUCUCUCACCUGCCUUCAUACUCAGGAACAACACAGGGUACGUCCUACAGAUUUACAACAGGUGUGGUACAGGUGUGGGACACAGACUCUCUCACCUGCCUUCAUACUCAGGAACAACACAGGGUGUGGUACAGGUGUGGUACAGGUGUGGAAUACAGACUCUCUCACCUGCCUUCAUACUCAGGAACAACACAGGGUACGUCCUACAGAUUUACAACAGGUGUGGUACAGGUGUGGGAUACAGACUCUCUUACCUGCCUUCAUACUCAGGAACAACACAGGGUACGUCCUACAGAUUUACAACAGGUGUGGUACAGGUGUGGUACAGGUGUGGGACACAGACUCUCUCACCUGCCUUCAUACUCAGGAACAACACAGGAGCCCGGUUACAGCCCUGGUGUGGUACCCAGCUGAAGAGAACACUGUUGUAUCAGCAGACCAGGACGGCUACAUCGUGAAGUGGCAGUUCCAGACUGGAGAAGUCCAGACCUUUCAGCCUGAUGCCAACAGUCACAUCGUCAGUUUGGCAUGUUCUCCUCAUCAACCACACCUUCUGGCUGCAGGGUACAGGUUAAAGUCAGGUCCAGUUGUCCUGCUGGAGUUACAGGGAGAGGGGAGGACAGUCUGCCGACUGCAGGGGCACAGCGAGGACGUGCAGUCUGUCGUCUGGAUGGCAGCUGAUGAGGAUAAUGAUGACAAUGGAACUUCCUCUGAUGAAAGCAUUGCAGAUAAAGGACAUGGCCAGCUGCUUGCAUCAGGCAGUAAGGAUGGAACUAUCCGUGUGUGGAGCACCAGGACUGGGGGCUGUGUGUGCACGCUGAAGCUACCAGCCAGGUCUCAGCAGGGCAGAUGGCGGGGGGGAGGGGGGCAGGAGGCAGGCAGGAGGAUGUGGGUAGCUCUGGCCUGGAGAAAGGAACAGCCUCAACAACUCAUCUCCAGUUCACAUGGUGGUGACAUGUUAGUGUGGGACCUGAGGACACAGAAGUGGCAGGUGCUGGAGCAUAGUGAAGGUCAGGGUCACUCCCGGGUGGUGUUCAGUAUCACAGCUAUACAGAACCAAGUCAUCACCACCUCCAUGGACAGACAGAUCAUACUGUGGGACUUGAGCAGUAUGAAAGCCCAGUGGAGCCUGCCCACGUUAGGUGGGUUUGUGUAUGCCCUGGCCUCCUCCCCGCUGACACCAGGACAGCUGGCUGUAGGAGUGGGGGACGGCAUGAUCCGGGUGUGGAACACACACAGUCAGGCUCCUUUUGACUGGUCAGGAUUCUGGCAGUGCAUUAAGGGGAAAGUGACUGCAUUGUCCUGGCAUCCCACAAAGGAGGGUAUCCUGGGGUUUGGCAGUGAUGAUGGUUCAGUGGGCCUGUAUGAUGUGCUGCACACCAAACAACCAACCAUGUCAAGUACGUGUCACAAGAAAACAGUCUAUUCGCUGUCCUGGGGGCCAACUGUUGCAGUGUCAGGAGGCAGUCCGACCCUGGUGCUGUACAGUUGUGGAGGAGAGGGUGUGAUCUACCAACACACUUUCAACAGGAAUCAACAACCUGCCCUCAAUGUCUGGGAUAUCAUCAGGUCUACCAAUCAAAUCAAACACAAACUACCUCCUGCAACAGAGAUCAGCUGGAGAGAGGAUGGACAGUAUGUGGCCGUUGGUUAUGAGGAUGGGUCAGUUGAGAUUAUGACCAGUCCAAACCUUCGCCGCAUCUGCAUCCUUCGGACUCACCAUCGGCCAAUCAACAAGCUCUGCUGGCAUCCCACGUCCAAUGACAUCCCAGCUCAAUAUGGCUACUGGCUGGCAUCUGCUUCCAACCAAUCAGAUGUGCACAUUCACAACCUCCAGGCUGUGAUUGGAGCUACUACUCCCCCAGAUGUCCCAGUGGUGUUCUCUGAACCGUUCCGUCAGGCUGACGGCCACAAAGCCAAGGUGGUGGAUCUGUGCUGGAGCCCUCAUCACCCAGGCUGGCUGGUGUCUGCCUCGUAUGAUAACACUGCUCAGGUUUGGGAUAUGACCAAAGGAAAGGCCAUGUCCAACUUCCGUGGGCACCAGGGAAGGGUGUUGUCUGUGCAGUGGAGUCAGACUGAUGCUGACAUGGUGUACAGUGGAGGGGACGACUUCUCUCUUCAGUCAUGGAAAAUAUCCCAGCAGGAACAUAAAGAGCCACCCAUUGAUCACAAACCACCAGGAAGGAAGCCCAAGUCUAAGGGAAAGGCAAAGAACAGGGGAGCAGAGCCUCAGAAACAAGCCCCACGGGACCUGAAACAGCCAGGUCCUACCAGGGGACAGGAACAGCUGGGUACAGACAUCAGUAAUGAAACACCCAGGCAUGAGGAGGGGACAGGAAGUACCAACAGUAUCAACUCUGACGAACUGUUACAACUUCUAGAAGAGAAGAGAGCACAACUGAUGAGACAGAAACACUCUACAGAAGUCUCUGAGAGUCACCCGACCAGCACUGCUGAAGGGCAGGAGGGAGGUGGUCAUCUGCAGGGUCAGACUACCCAGCGGUCACUCACUGUGGAGGACAUACUGCCACCACAGAGAACUGCUGAUAAUGUGUUGCCUGUGGCAGAGUCAGCAGCAGCUGAAGGAAAAGAUGUGAGAGUUCACCGUAAGAAGAAGAAGGGGCGCUCACUGUUUCCUCUGUCAGCUAACAUGGACAACCGUGCCAAGUGUCACCUGCAGCAGGACUGCCUCACACUGGCACAGCUCAUGUAUGAAAGAGCUGGUGGAGACAUGUCUGCUGGAAGUGCAGGUUGUGACGGCCUCGGUCUGUUCUUUGACAGAAGAAGUUUGUACAAAACCUUCAGAGAGGAAAGUUUGAACCAUGUAGAGAACGGUCAUCUGGACCACAGCCUGCAGCUGGCCGUCUGGAGAGGUGACAUCCUGGGAGCCCUGAAGCUGGCUCGCCAACAUGGCCAGCUGUCAGACUGGUUAGUAGCAAUGGCACCUCUAGCUGGUCAUGAUGUGUGGGUACAGACUGUCCAGGACUAUGCACAGCAACUAUGUGGACAAGACCAGCACUACAAGGCUGUCACGUUCCUGCUGGCCUGUCACAAAGUCCACCAGGCUAUCGCCUUGCUGAAAAACAACAAAAUGUUCAGAGAGGCUGUUGCCCUGGCCAAAGCCCGUCUCCCUCCCCAUGACCCUGUAAUACUGGACCUGUAUGAUGCCUGGGCAACAGAGCUGCAGAAAGAUCAUUAUGAGCAGGCAGCCAAGUGCUACCUUGCCAUGCAGCAGCCGUGUGAUGCUGUAGCCGUCCUGGCCAGGAGAGGGGACCUGGACUCCCUCAGGGUGGCUGCCAGCGUCGCUGCAGCAGCCGGAAGUGAAGACCAGCUGUCCUCCGUGGCAUGUAGAUAUGCACAUGAGUGUCAGCUGCAGUGUAAAUGGCUGGAGGGGCAAGAACUUCUCAAGAAUCACAAACAACUACAGGUGCACAGGUUAACCCUGUGCCUACAUGAAGUCCUUGUUGGAUGUCUGUCUGACCUUGGCUGUCUGUCAGCAGACUGGACACAGAUGACAGGUCCCUACAGCUGGGGACAACUGGGCAGGGCCAUUUCUCUACCAGACAUUCUUCAGUACAAGAGUGAGGUUGACCCCCUGUGUCCCUGGCCCCCCUACCUGGUGCAGGGUGAGUUGUUCCUGGGUUAUGUUGUACAGGUGUGGUGCCAGUACUGUGGACUUGUCCUGACUACAGACAACAUUCUCCAGUUAUGUCAGCAGCUCACUGCAACACUCACGGCAGCCACCAACCCAGGCAAUACUGCAAAGUUACUGUCCGUGGUGUCGUGCCAGCUGACUACAGGCCUGUUGUACCUGGUAGGUGGUGAGGUACAGAAGGCUGGGACACACUUCAUAGCUGCAGUACACCUAACACAUGACAGGGGGCAGUACCACAUCAUGAAAGGACUGCUUCAGAUGAUCCUGCCUCAAGGCCUUGUUUCCCUCAGAAAACUGGAGCAGAUGUCUACAGCACAAGAGUGUUUGAAGUCAGAAGUCAAGUUACAGGACAACUCUACAACUCCUAAAAAUGUCUUGAGUUGUCUGUCAGCAUUUUACCAUGUGGCUACUCUGUAUGACCUGUGGUGGAGUGGACCUCACAAUGCUGUUUCAAUAGAUCACAAUGGAGAUGGUGCUACAGUCCAUCCACAGUCAGGCAGUACUGAUGGGUCCAGCACCACAACAGCUGCUGUCUCUACACUGCCACAGCAGGAGGAGGGCUUACAGGAGAACAGCAAGUCUGCUGUCCCCGACCAGAGGGUCUCUGUGUUGAUACAACAGCUGCAGGCAAUAUCAGCUGCUGUUCUCAUACCUGACAUAGCUCGGAAAUAUGCCCUGGAGGAACAGCUGGGACAGCUGGAACAUGCCCUUCAUACAGCAGCUGCACAUCACAGACAAUCCAGAUUGUUGAACAUAGUACAGACAGAUGCUAACAACACCUGCAGUACAGUACAGACAGAUGGGAACAACACCUGCAGUACAGUAGAGACAGAUGUUCCUCAGUAUGAAACAGAGAGGAAGAGCGAGUCAGUACUAAGUAACAGCAUGAUUGAAAGAAGAGUUGUCUUGUGCCAUGAUCACCCUGAAAUGAUUGCAGCAGGCAACAAUAAUGGUAAAGUGGAUGAAGAUGUUGUAAAGAUGUCAGGAGGACCUCUGCAAACAGAUACUACCGGUAGCCAGAAAGACAAAGCUGCAGGUGAAGAGUUGAUCAACAGGGGGCGCUGCACACUAGAUGAUAACUCCCAGAUGAUGGCUGGAUCAGGUGUACAGCAGUUGGAGUGUCAGGAUGUUCUCCUGGGUGCACAACUGUCACAGGUUCAAGAACAGCUGUCUGCCAUACCACAGGGGUACAGGACCCUGCCGUUCCCUGAGCCUGUUGAGCUGGCCAUGACACUGGUGUACCUGUGCUGCCACUGGCCUCAUCACAGGGACUUGAUGGCGGCAGUGGGCCAUGAUGUCAUCUCCUGGGGACUCCAGCAUUCCUGGAAGUCUUCCCAACAUCAGUUUUUCACCAGAUGGAGAAAUAAAAUGUUCUCGUAGAGUAGCAGAAGUUGGAU